UCAAAAAUUUGAUCACAGCUUGGACUUUCGGAGCUUCUUAUCGGACAAGCCAGUGACACACAUUUGUUAUCAACAUUUCUGAUGUUCAGAACAUAAUACAUCGUAGCAAACGGCAUUGACUGCAGAUGUAUUGACCAAUUGUCCUUCCCUUUUGUAUAAAAUGAAAUGCAAAAUUGGUCAUCGCUCUCAGUAUAAGAGUGCUAUCGAAUGCUUCCAUUAAAUCACUCGUUUGUUUACCUAUUAGUUUGUGUAUCAGUUCAGAGUGCAGUCCUUCCUUUGAAUAAGUUUCUAAGAAGAUUGGCCCAACUGUUUGUAUCUUAUCUUUUUCCUCGCGCUGUUCAAAUAUUGUUAUUGCCGUAAACCUAGAUAAUAUACAAGCACAUUUUUAAUAAUUCGCAAUUCAUUCAUCCAGCGGAGAAGAGUCGACACAGGAGCUAUAAAAAAGCAUGACGACUGAGCAGAAGUUGACCCAAUUCCGGAACUGUCGACUACUGCGUAAUCAUCGGUUAGUGGUAGAUGAUCUCUGGGUGCGCGCUGGCAAGAUCAUAGAUCCGGAGAAAGUUUUCUUUGAUGAAAAAAGGCAAGCCCACAUCCAGAUAGACUGCAAUGGAGCCAUCAUAGCCCCGGGUUUCAUUGACUUGCAGAUUAAUGGUGGCUACGGAGUAGAUUUCUCCAACGACGUCACAACAGUCGAGGAAGGUGUGCGUAGGGUUUCUAAGGGUCUGUUGAACCAUGGCGUAACGUCAUUUUGUCCAACACUUGUCACAUCACCACCCAGUACGUAUCAUACAGUUCUACCGAAAAUUUCGAAAAAGCCUGGCGGUCAUCAUGGUGCUACAAUUUUGGGUUGUCACGUAGAAGGUCCAUUCAUUAAUAGUAGCAAGAAAGGAGCCCAUCCACAGGAAUGCAUAAAAGAAUUUGAACAUGGCAUCCGGACGGUAUCGGAUAUGUACGGUUCAUUUGAAAAUAUCAGUAUAGUCACGCUCGCACCUGAGAAGGAAGGCGCAUCGGAAGUAAUACGAGAUCUAAGCAAACGAGGCAUCACCGUGUCUGUUGGACAUUCAAUGGCCAAUUUGCACGAUGGCGAGAUUGCUGUGCAACACGGCGCCAGACUGAUAACGCAUUUAUUUAAUGCAAUGCUUCCGUUUCAUCAUCGUGACCCGGGACUGGUGGGUUUACUCACCAGCGAUAACAUUCCAUUGGAUGCGAUGGUUUACUUUGGUAUCAUAUCCGACGGCGUGCACACCCACCCUGCGGCUCUAAGAAUCGCCUACCGAACCCACCCGAAUGGGCUUAUUCUGGUUACCGAUGCUAUAUCGGCGAUGGGUUUAACCGAGGGCAGACAUAGAAUAGGGCAAUUGGAUAUGGAGGUACGGGGUGGACAAGCAUAUAUAGCCGGGACAAACACUCUAUGCGGCAGCAUUGCACCCAUGGACGAAUGCAUUCGGUUUUUCAAGAAAUCAACCAAUUGCUCAAUCGAAUAUGCAUUGGAAGCCGCCUCUCUACAUCCGGCACUCUGCUUAGGGAUAGCAAAUAGAAAAGGAACACUAGACUACGGAGCUGAUGCUGAUUUUGUUAUACUGGACGACUCGCUGGCUGUUUUGUCGACGUGGAUUGCUGGUGACUGUGUUUUUGAGAGCAACAUUGAACAAAACCACCAAUUGUUUUAAAAAAGGAUCUGACAUUUUAUCGAUUUCUAUGCAUAACAUAGAACAUUUUCUAUAAAAUAUUGAUGAGUUUCUUUCACAGAAGAAUUCU